AUGAAUUUAAGCUGGUUGAUACUACUAUUGACAACGAUAAAUUUGGCAUACACUAUAGCAUCACCCAAGAUUGAACGAAUAAAUGAAGUAGAAAACACAAAUGAUAGGAAUAAGCCGAAACUUAACCAGCAACAGCUGGCACAUCACAAUCAAGAUGAUCGCCUGAAGCUAUUGCCCCUUGAUUUAAGAUCCAUCAGUGACUGGAAGUUGACUGAUCUUCUACUUAUCAGUGACAUCGAUGGGAAUCUACACGGGAUAGAAAGAAACACGGGGACCUUACUCUGGACACUCCCUAUAGAUGAUCCCUUGGUGAAAAUCUCUACCAACAACUCCGAGCCAGGAUCAGAGUAUUCACUGACCUCGAACAUCUUAUGGUUUGUAGAACCGUACGAUGAAGGUUCGCUUUACUACUUCACGCCCAAGUUUGGGCUUAACCAACUCCCCACAAGCAUAAAGAAUUUAGUUCUAGAAUCUCCCUUCUCACUCAGUGGGGAUGACAAAAUUUACACAGGAUCAAGGAAGACCUCCUUAUACACCAUCAACAUUCGUACAGGUGAAGUUACAUCUAGCUUUGGGAGCGGAGGAGAGCAAGUGUGCCCUGUUCCAAACAUUUACAAACAAGGACCACCAAAACACGGCAUUGACAUAGAAAACGAGCAUGACAAUCAAGAAGAUGAAGACGAUGAAGAGCAAGAUACAAUUAUGAUCGGAAAGACAACUUAUGAGCUCUCCAUACACCUGAAGGAAAACACCAACAUAGUUUGGAACGUGACCUAUUCCCAGUGGGGUCCAAACAAUAUAGACAACGAUUUAAUUGUUCAAAACCAACAGAGUAUAGACAAACUCUAUUUCACCCCCUUUCACGAUAAAUCACUUUUGGGUAUCAACAAGGACUUGGGAACACCGGUAUGGAUAAGUAGAUUGCCAUCCCUUGCUGUUAAUGUAUUUGACGUGUUCGAAUCUACAAAGAGACAUACCGAUAGCUCCUCAUCUUUUGUCUGUUUGCCUCAUCCAUUGAAAGUGCUCAAUGAUCUUCAAUUGUCACAGGAAGAAACCAAUGUGAAUGAGGACAUGGUAUUUAUCAACAAGACUGCUGGAAGCAACGAGUGGUUCGCCAUGAGUUACCAAAAUUACCCGACUUUGAUCAAGAGUGCCCCAGUUUCAGCAUUUCAAAGCUUCUUGACCAAGGAGGGCUCAAGAAUGCCCAAUAGUGGUGGGGAUUACUUGAAGAACUUGCAAGUUUCAGGAAACCUAGAGAAUCAAAAGGAAGUUGAAAAUUUAAUAAAUGGGAUUCAUAAAGUUUUUAAAUUGAACCCAGAGAACUUUUACCAGCCAAAACUGAGAUGGGACGACAACGAAGCAAUUACAAGAGCAAAUCAUCAAAUUGAAGGUAGGAAAGGGAAACAUUCGGCCAGUAGGACAAGAUCUGAUGAGAUUGCAAUUGUCAGCGGAGAUUCAGACUUGAUCACUACAGAGGUCCCAAAAAUAAUGGAUGGAAUUUGGUUUCCUAAUGCGCAAUUGGAACCAGGAAACAACUUACUUCUUUUGGAUGGAGAUAUCUCGUCUUCUUCUAUAUCCACUAAUAGGCCACCAAUCCCUGCUCCGCAAUUUUAUGAGGUGGAAGAAGAUACGACCACUGUUAAAUCCUUGAACUUGAUUAAAAGGAUAUGCGAAGACAUUAUUGUUAUUUUGGUUCUAUUAGUAUUGUUGAUGUCUUUCGGCAGAUUAAGUAAAUUCGCGAAGAAUUUUGCAAAUAUCAUCUUGGGCAGGGAAAAAUCAAAGGUUGAUGUCGAUGAAGUAACUGAAAAGGAAGAACAGAAGGAUAAAGAUAUUAUAAGCGGUGAAAAGGCUUACAAAUCGGACCAAUCGGAAGGUACCAAUGUCAAAUCAAUUUCUAUCGAUGAAACAUCAGAAGAAUCAUCCAAUAACGAUCUAUCCACCUCUAAAAAGGUGACAAUUGCAAUACCUGGUCUGGAACCAGUAGAUCCCCAAGAUCCAACCUUAUUGGGUGAUGACGAUGGGCAUGACCCAUUAUCCAAGAAGAAACGUAAGAGAGGGGCUAGAGGUGGUAAAAGAGGAGGUAAGUCUACCAAAAAGAGCAGUAAUGGCGUGGAAGGAGACGAACAAGACAUGGAUGUCGAGCAACCUCACAUCAUAAACACAACAUCUCUUAUAAAGGCUGUUCCAGCAAAUAUUCCCGUUAAAAGGCUCCAAAUCGAAAACAAUCUUAUUCUUUCAGAUAAAGUUUUGGGAUAUGGUUCUCAUGGUACUGUUGUGUUUCAGGGUACUUUUGAGAACCGUCCUGUCGCUAUUAAAAGAAUGUUGUUGGAUUUUUUCGAUAUAGCCAGUCAUGAGGUCAGACUUUUACAAGAAAGUGAUGAUCAUCCAAACGUCAUAAGAUACUUUUGCUCUCAGCUGAGUGAACUGGAAAAAUUUUUAUAUAUUGCGAUAGAACUAUGCUUGUGUUCUCUUGAGGAUAUUGUUGAAAAACCUACAACAAUUAAAAUACCUUGCAAGACGGAUCAGGGUAAGCCUGUCGUUAAUGAAAUGUUGUUGCAGUUGGCCAGUGGGUUGCAUUAUUUGCAUCUGCUUAAGAUUGUUCAUAGAGAUUUAAAACCUCAGAACAUAUUAGUAGGGGAUGCCGCUACUAAAAAUAAGAAGAUUAAACUUAAAGAAUCCGAAUCUAACGGAGAAAGUGCUUCAGAGAUCAGACUAUUAAUCUCUGAUUUCGGGUUGUGUAAGAAGUUGGAUGCAGACCAAUCAUCUUUCAGAGCCACCACGCAACAUGCUGCUCUGGGAACUUCAGGCUGGAGAGCUCCAGAAUUAUUGUUACAUCAUGACUUGCUAGAAAUCUCGCCUGAAACCGUUGGCUCAAUACAUUCCACUAAUGGAGGCACUAAUCACAGCGUGACCAGCAAUACAAAUGGUGGAGAUAAAGGUGGCAAAAGACUUACAAAGGCAAUCGAUAUCUUUUCUUUAGGCUGCGUUUACUUCUAUAUCCUUACAAGAGGUAGUCAUCCAUUUGGCGAUAGAUACCUCAGAGAGGGGAAUAUUAUCAAGGGAGAGUAUGACAUUUCACUUCUUAAAAGUGCUUGUCCAUUUGACUGGGUGGAAGUUACGCAUUUGAUUUCAUCAAUGAUUGCUUAUAAUCCUAGGCAAAGACCGGACACCUCAGAGAUAAUGAAGCACCCAUUCUUUUGGAGUCUGCACAAGAAGUUGGAAUUCCUUUUGAAGGUUAGUGAUAGGUUUGAAAUUGAGCGUAGAGACCCACCUAGCGAUCUACUUUUAAAGUUGGAGUGUGCAUCUGAAAAGGUCUGUAAUUUGGACUGGCACUCUAAGAUGGAUGAGGAAUUCUUGACUAACUUGGGUAAGUAUAGGAAGUACCAUACUACUAAGUUAAUGGACUUAUUGAGAGCUCUUAGAAACAAGUACCAUCACUAUAACGAUAUGCCACCAAGCUUACAGGAACAGAUGAGCCCAUUGCCUCAUGGUUUUUACAAUUAUUUCAAUAGCAGGUUCCCAAAUAUAUUGAUGGAGAUAUAUCUGAUUGUUGAGGAGAAUUUGAAAGAAGAACAUAUAUUUCAGGAGUAUUAUUAA